GUGGAAGGAUGAGUCGCCCGCCCUCAAGUUGAAGCACUUGGAGGACACGCGGGUAGCUUUGCUGGGCAUCUCUGCGCAGAUAUAUUGGCGCUUCGAAGUUCCGUUUGGUUCGUGGCCGUAUCGAUUGCUCCCAAUUGGGGACCCGCACGCAUCGGCUUCGACCAAGCGAGCGGUUGCAGAGGCCCUUUUCCGCGAGCCUGGUUGUUGCCUUGAUACCGCAUGUUCUCGGAAGCUCAGGGACGCCUACACCGACUCGGCAGCAUUUCUUGCGGACGACGAGGUGAGAGAUCUGAUCAUGAGUUGGGCUGUAACUGGCACUGUCUGCAGCAUGGAUAUCGAGAGGAUUUUUGCUUCGAUCCGGCUGUCCGUGCCAGAGGGCGCGCCCUUUGCGGAGCGGGUGGUUGCGAACGGCACGCUCACCCAGGUGCAGCGCUUACACCGCGAGCAUGGGGGCAUCGAUGCCAACACCUUCCGACGCAGUGACGCUGUGAAGAUGGACAUGCCCACGGUCGCGAACGUGGAGACGGCGAUUAGGAGGCCGCUAAAGGCCAGAGGAAACAUCUUGUUCAUGAGGCGGGCCAUUGAGGCGGAGAGGGCUGCUCUCCCUGACGGGCGCACUAAAUUUACUAAGCACGAGUUGCAGGCUAUCAGGAAGGCUGCGUCCAAGGAGUACACGAAGCUUUCGCAGCAGACUCAGAUGGACCUGGCCGAGGAGGCGAAGAACGACGCCAACGCCAGGGCGGCGGCGGACGAGACGUUGGAUGCAGCACCCCCAGAGACGCCCUUCAACGCCAAUCCACUCUGGGGCUGCGCGAGCGUGGAUUGCCCGCUCUCCGUCGACGUGGCUCGUGACGCGGUCCUCUUGAAGACGGGCAAGGCCAAGGUUGGCGGGCUUCGCUCGUACAGCGGCCCGUUCAGGAAGCCCAUGCGUGACAGGUUGAUGGUCCGGGAUCAGAACGACAUCCCCGCCUCAGAGCAGGUUCGUCAUUACCAUACCUGCGCCGUGGGGCACCCUGGGGUCUGUAGGGAUGCCGACGCCGAGAUCUACAAGAUGGGGGGCUUCCUUCUCAGCGCGCUCAACUCGUUCGUCGUGUCGCAGGGCCGAGUCGCUGAGGGCCAGGGCUUGUCGCUCAGCGCUCGCAGGAACGGCGUGGACGAUCCUCUUCUGCAGAUGUGGUUGGUCGUUGCCUACAAAAGGAAGGGGGGCCCGCUCCUGUUUGUGUGCGCUUCUCUGCGUGCCGUUGAUGGCGCCGCUGACGUGUUCGACAUUGUCACUGCUGAUUCCACCAUUCCGAUGCUUGUGGGGCACUCCAUUGUUGGGAGCCUUCUUCGCCUUCGCCCUGAUCAGGUGCUCGCGGCAUCGAUGGAGUUGGCGUCGCUUCCGGGCUUCCUGCUGUGCGUGAGGGUCAAGAGCAUCGGCGACGCC